UCUUACGUGAUAAUGAACUCUACGAUGUAUGGCGCACGAUGCAAGGUGGAAAACUCCUGUAAUCACUCAAUUGACGGAUGGCCGAAUGAUGGACAAAGAAUAAGCAUUCUCGAUAGGCUGUGAGGGGCCCAGCAGGUACCUAGGGAUGUACCUUCAAGACAAAGCCUAUCAAGAGAUCUUUUAGUGUCUAAAUUUAGUACCACAUGGCCAUUCUCUUCGUCAACCAACCCUGUACCGCCCUAUGGUAGCCAGAUUGGCAUUUAUUGAACAUUUGUUCAUUCAUUUCUACUGCCCAGGUGGGUGUGCAGAGUACGCACUGUACAUACUCUGUAUACUUCUUAGUUACCUGAGUAUCGUCCUGAGUUUACCUAAUACUGUUAGCUCAUAAGGUCAUCCCCAUCCCCAUCCCCGUCCCCAUUUACAUCCACAUCUACAUCUACAUCUACAUCCCAUCCCGUCCUCUCGCCCUCUUUUCCAUCGUUGAACAACUUACCCAUACCUGUACAUUUUGGUCGCCUGUUGCUUAUACUCACCCAACACGCCCUCACACAGUCAAUCGAUUCCUUUCCUCUUCUUCAAACGUCGUGUCAUAGAAUCAAUUUACCCCUCGACGUGCUCUACUGCUCUACUGCUCCACUGCUCUACUGCCAUUCUAUAAUACUAAAUACCUAGGCAUUCUCUCAAACAAGCACGCUUUUGACAUCGAAAGACAACUAUGACUACAGCAAUAGAUUGGGAUAAGCCGGGAAAAUACCCCGUCGUGCUCAGCGAUGCCUUGCUUGGAAAAUCCACCAACAAUACAUAUACUGGCAUACGAUAUAAUCACAAGCCUGACCCGUCUACCGGAGCGUCCGCGAACUCAGCACAGCUGAAACCCUCUUCUAAUUCCGACUCCGCGAAUUACGACCUCUCUCUUUCAGAUAACAAUGAUGAUUAUACAUAUACUGGGGCUCGAACCUCCGGAGACGGCCAAUUUAUACUUACAUUCGAUCCCGUCAGGAAGGUCUUAGUUUUGGAUCGCAUUGAUUCCACAUUUGACAUGAACUUGACGAGCGCACCGUGGACCGAUGACGCCGCCCAAUUACAAUCACAAUAUGAGCAACUGGAGCCACCGACGAAGGCUAUCGUAGAGGAAUCACAACCCAAAGUACCACAAAAGAAAGCUACAAAAUCAAAGGCUCCAGCAGCAACAAAAGCGAAACCUGCUCCUCGUGCCAAGGCAGAGAAGGCACAGAAGCCGAAACCACCACCACGCGAACCAACCCCCGAACCAGAAGAAGAUUCGGAUGAUGGCUUCACGGUUGAAUUCCCCGAUGGGCAGAGCUCGCAUCAACAAUAUGAGUACAGGGCCCCAAUCUUUCAGAGAGAGCCGAGCGAAGAAAUUAGUGAUGAAGAUGAGGAUGCGGAUGCAGAGCAUGAUGGACUAUAUGAACAAAACCAGGACGUUGAUCAUUUCAAACUGCCCAGUCCAGUCAACAACCCUGGAGCCAUCGGCGAUGAAGAAGCAAUGGAUCUGGAUAUGGAACGGGAUCUAGAGGCAGAUCUGGAGGCGGCAAUGUUAGAGGCGUCAAUGAUGGGAGAAACGGAAGAAAGGGAAGAAAGUGACGAAAGCGAAGAGGAAUAAAGCCUAAGACGCGUACUGGAGCCAUGCGCAUUGGAGCGUAAUUUAAAGACCAGGGCGUUCAGCGAGGGGUUGGAGUAUAUUAUGGAGAAAAUGGCAAUUGGGAUUUUCGUGUUGGCAUACACAUUAGGUACGGAAAGCAUUUCACCCUGGUGGGGGAUGAUGGAAAAUAUAACAACAUUAUCUUACCAUAUUAUCCAAUUUCAAUCGACAAAUCGUAACACAAUAGUGUACAACCGGUAUUUUCACUCUAACAAUAGCCUCCGUGAUUGCA